AUGUAUUCCACCGCAGGCAUCUUCUUCCCCCAGCAGUGGAAUCAUUCUCUGCUGUCACCGGUGGGAGCCUGCUACGAGGUACCGUUCUUCGUGAAUGCGGCGUAUUACCCCAACUGGCGGGUGUAUCGGAAACAACCGCCGUCAAGCCUCAGACUAGGGUUUAUCUCGCAUGUCUUCUACGCGUUUGCCUGGGUUAAACCAGACGGCACAGUCUACCUCAGCGAUGAGUGGGCAGAUACGCAAAUGCCAAUCGAUGGCACGCAGGGCUGUCUACGGGCGUUUACCCAACUGAAGCAGCAAUACUCCAAGAUGAAGGUCAUCCUGUCCAUUGGUGGCGGGGGCAAGGGAAGCGAGAACUUCGCUGCCGUGGCGAACGACGUCCAGCGGGUGGAAACGUUUGUGAAGACGGCCAAGGAGUUGGUCCAUCAGUUUGGACUGGACGGAUUAGACAUCGAUUGGGAACACCCGUCUGACUCACAACAGGGGAAGGACUACCUGUAUCUCCUAGCCCGGCUGAGACAAGGCCUCCCGUCGCCUCGAUAUGUUCUCUCGAUAUGCCUACCCGCUGGCGAGUGGGUGUUGCGGCACAUCAACCUGACCGCAGCGCAGGAAUACGUGGACCUGAUCAACAUCAUGGCAUACGAUUUCACCGGCCCGUGGACCAGCGAAACAGGCCACCAGUCGCAGCUGUAUAGUCCCAUCACCGGAAGCGGAAGCGCGGGGGAGGCAGCGUCGCCCUCACCCUCAUGCCACUCGGUUGUCUCGUACGUGUUAGGCCAGGGCGUCAACCCGAAAAAGCUCCUGUUGGGCAUCCCCACGUACGGCCGGUCGUUCCUGGGCAGCACGAGCAUCGGACAGCCCUACACCGCGCCCGGCGGCGAGGACGGCACGUUCGACUAUCGCGACCUGCCUCGCCCGGGGGCCACGGAGCAGUACGACGAAGCUGCCGGGGCGGCGUAUUGCACGGGCGGGGACGGCGGGUUCGUCAGCUACGAUACCCCGCGCACAGUCUCUCAGAAGGCAAAGUUCGUCACCAAGUUGAAGAUGGCCGGUCUGUUCUACUGGCACAUUGGCGCCGAUGCGCGCGGUCCUCGCAGUCUCAUCGAGACGGGGUACAACACUUUACAUGAUAUGUAG